CCGCCCGCAGCCGCCGGCCCCGACUUCCCACAAUCCUCAGCUCUUCCCGUCGCUCCAGGCUCACUUUCCGCUCUUCCGGUGGCGAUGGCCGCGGCUGUCUCUGGGGUUCUACGACGCUGUCUCCUUCCCCAGGCGGGUCGGCUCCCUACCCUCCAGAAUGUCCGCUAUGGCUCCAAGGCUGUAACUCGUCACCGUCGAGUGAUGCACUUUGAGAGACAGAAGCUGAUGGCUGUGACUGAAUAUAUCCCUCCCAAACCUGCUGUCAACCCAAGAUGCUUACCACCUCCUCCCAUUUCCCAGAAGGAGGAGACAGGCCUCAUCCGACUCCUUCGGCGUGAGAUAGCAGCAAUUUUUCAGGAUAACCGAAUGAUCGCCGUCUGCCAGAAUGUGGCUCUGAGUGCAGAAGAUAAGCUGCUUCUUCGGCACCAGCUGCGAAAGCACAAGAUUUUGAUGAAGGUCUACCCCAACCAGAUCCUUAAGCCGUUCCUGGAGCAUUCCAAGUACCAAAACCUGCUGCCUCUUUUUGUGGGGCACAACAUGUUGCUGGUCAGUGAAGAGCCCAAGGUCAAGGAGAUGGUACGAAUCUUGAGGAGUGUGCCCUUCCUGCCACUACUAGGUGGCUGCAUUGAUGACACCAUCCUCAGCAGGCAGGGCUUCAUCAACUAUUCCAAGCUUCCCAGCUUAACAUUGGUGCAGGGGCAGCUGGUAGGAGGGCUCACUCUCCUCUUGGCCCAAACCCAUUCCCUGCUUCAGAACCAGCCCCUCCAGAUGAUGGCCCUGCUGGAUCAGUAUGUCAGACAGCAGCACAAGGAGGAUUCUGUCAAGCCAGCUGAUGGGCAGCCAGAUUCUCCUGAUCCUGUUCCAGACUCGUAGCUGGCCUGCUGUUCCCAGCCUGCCCAUAAAAUUCCCUCUCCUUCUGUUGACUGUACCAUCCUCUGUGGAAGAUAUGCAAGAACUGAGUGGGGAUAGCAUUUGUUACCUGGUUUCCACUGACAAUGAUCUCCUCAGAUACCGGGUCCCUUGAAACUUCCACUUCAGAAUGGAAGCUAUUAAUCAAUGUCUUUGUCCCUCAUCAUCCCAACUGGGUCCUAAUAGGAGCAAAGUGUAUUUGCAAGGCAGAGGAGCUAAACAGAGGAAAGUGCCCUGUGUCUCCACUUCCACUGUCCCUUGCUGCAUGGCCAUGCACCUGUCUCCUUGUGUGUCCCACUUGCCAGGACAGUCCAUCUAACUGCUUGGCUAACAGUGGCUUGUUGAGAUUCUGCUGGCCCAUUAUCUGUGAUGACCAAUUUCCAUGUACCAGCUCAUUUGUUUCUCCCCAUAUUAUCCCUGUUUCACGGAAAGGAAAACUAAGGGAUCGAGAAGUAGAAUAACCUGUUCAAGGUCCUGCCAUUAGUUAAGUGGUGGGGCAAGGUCUUGAGCCAGGCUCUCACUGCUUGGGAGAACAUGCCUGGAUUUCUGCACUGGAAUUUAUUCACUUGGGCCCCAGGUGUACUUGGAUGUCAAUUCUCUGCCUUUGGAGUGUGCCACAUUUGGAAAGGUUGGGAACACUGCUUUAUAAUAAAACGAAACUUGUUU